CAGAUCGGACGCUUUUCUCUCAGUCAUUAUAUUUGUGAGAUCUUAACGAUUGCGCUAUCAGACAGUCGCAUUCUUUUCACUUCAAUCUGGACUCCCUGCCCUUUCGAUUUAAAGGGUCCAGUGCCAAUAUGGCGCCCACCCAGGUGCACCACCAUCGGUCCACCACCAAGGCGUCCAACAAGCCUUUCAAGACCAAGCAUGCCUCCAAGGGCGCUUUGAAGGAGAAGGAAAAGGGCAAGGUCGAGACAGAGCGGGGCAGUCGCAAAACCCCCCACCAACAAUUGAAGUCGAAACUCGACCGCCGCAACCAAGCCCGCCAGAGGCAGCAAUUGAAGCACCAAGAGAAGGCUCAGGCAGCCAGUAUCUUUACCGGCCAGAAUGGAGCCCCCCGCCAUGUCGCCAUUGUCCCACUUUCCGCCGAUAUCGAUACCGACGCCGCAAUCCGUGCGCUGAACGAAAGUGUCGAUAUUACUAGCGAGAUUUCCGCCGCGGGACCUACCCGUGUGCGCGUCGAUCGAUUCCGUCAGAGCCUCCAAUACAUCAAGUCCAAAUUUGACUUUGUAAAUGCUAUGGACGUCUGCCGCAUGGCUGACUUUGUGGUGCUGGUCUUGUCUGCCGAAGUCGAGGUCGAGGAGGAAGGCGAGCUGCUGCUGCGUUCUAUCGAAAGCCAAGGUAUCUCCAACGUCGUGACUGUGGUCCAGGGUCUGGAUCAGGUCAACCCUGCCAAGAGACGACCUCAGGUGGCCUCUUCUCUCAAGUCCUUCAUCAACCACUUUUUCCCCACUGUGGAGAAGGUUAUGUCCCUUGAUUCCCGACAGGAGUGCUCCAACGCCAUUCGAUCUCUUUGCACCGCCACCCCCAAGGGUAUCCGCUGGCGUGAUGAGCGUAGCUGGAUGUUCAUUGAGGACGUUCAGUGGCCCAACGCUAGCGAGGAGGUUGUUGAUGAUGUCGUGAUUACUGGUGUCGUCCGUGGAAAGGGCUUGAAGGCCGACCGUAUUGCUCAUAUCCCUGGCUGGGGUGACUUCCAGAUUGGCUCGAUCACUGCAGCUCCUUUGGCAGCGACCAAGAGCAAGCGUGAUGAUGCCAUGAAUGUCGAUGCCACUGACGGUACACAGACCCUGGAUACCCCCACGGCUGACCAAGAUGACAUGGCAAUUGUGGCCCCGGAGGAAAUCGAGAUGAUGGACGAUGACAUGGUUUCCGUGGCCGAGACUGAAAAGAAGGGUGUUUUGCUCGAUGAUCACCACUACUUCUCUGACGACGAUGCACACAUUCCUGCCAAGCCCAAGCGAUUGCCUAAGGGUACCUCUGAGUACCAGUCUGCUUGGUAUCUUGAGGAUGUUUCAGACUCUGGAUCUGAUAUUGUUGAUGAGGAUGAUGAUGAGGACAUGGAUAUGGAUGUCUCCGGUGCGCCCGAGGACGGCUUCUUCGCAGACAGGGAAGAUGCUAUGACAGAGGGCGGCCCCUCAGAGUAUCCUCAGUCCGAGAUGUUCAUGGACCCAUCCCCAGAGGACGAGGCCCAGGAGCUGGAGGAGUACCGUAAGAGCCGCCGCACCGAGGCCGAUGAUGACCUCGAAUUCCCCGACGAAAUCGAAUUGCACCCCAAUGUGCUUGCCCGAGAACGUCUGGCCCGCUUCCGAGGCCUGAAGAACAUGAAGAUCAGCCCGUGGGAGACGUCCGAAGAUCGUCCAUAUGAGCCGGAAGAUUGGCGCCGACUCCUGCAGUUCGGCGAUUACAAGGGCACCAAGAACCGUAUUAUUCGCGAAGCCCUUGUUGGCGGUGUCAAUCCCGGUGUGCGUGUGGAGGUGCAUCUCCGUGCUGUCCCCUCUUUGCUCCGUCACAAGGCUCAGCCUCUCGCCCUGUUCUCUCUCUUGCGCCACGAGCACAAGCACACCGUGGUCAACAUCAACAUGACUUUGAGCUCCAGCAUUGAGAAGCCUGUUAAAUCCAAGGAGGAGAUUGUCGUGCAGAUUGGCGCCCGCCGCAUGGUCGUUAACCCCAUUUUCUCUGCCGGCGACAACACCCCCAACAACGUUCACAAGUUCGACCGCUUCCUCCACCCCGGCCGCAGCGCGGUCGCGACCUGGAUUGGACCCAUGACCUGGGGCGCCGUCCCGGUUCUCGUCUUCAGGAAGAAGCAAGUCGAGGAAGACCCAGAGGUCCUCGAAUCAGCCGAAGCCCAAGCGGAGGCGCUUUCUAUGGAUCGUCUGGAGCUUAUUGGUACCGGCACGGUCAUCGCCCCCGACCCGAAACGUGUUGUCGCCAAGCGCGCAAUUCUUACCGGUCACCCGUACAAGAUCCACAAGAAGGUCGUCACCGUUCGGUACAUGUUCUUCAACUCGGAGGACGUGCAGUGGUUCAAGGCACUGCAACUCUGGACCCGCCGCGGCCGCAGUGGAUACAUGAAGGAGAGCCUGGGUACACACGGUUACUUCAAGGCUACUUUCGAUGCCAAGAUCAACCCUCAGGACUCUAUCGGCAUCAGUCUGUACAAGCGUGUCUUCCCUCGUCGCGCCAAGGCCCUGGAACAGGUUUUGUAAAGGGCCCCAAGACUUGUUUUGAACGGAUGGAUGAGAUGAUGUUUUCGAAGGUAUAUGAGUUGAUGAGACAUAUCACCUCGAUAUUGAACCAUUAAGGAUUGGCGUCAUGAUGCACCUCACAAAAGUAAAUAGACCUGAAAUACUUCAUAAUGAAUUACGAUUUCUUCAUCUUAACCGGCAAUCUCGUCUAAAUGUUCAAGUCCAACCUGCAAUGGUUUCUGUCUACAAAGUUGGUUAUCACCACACCACAAUCAUUUCAAGAUGAGACCAUCACCAACAACCUGUAUUCAUGUCCAACCCGGAGGUUGGCAUCAAAUAGGCGAUCGAAUACGCAAGAAAAAAGAUCAAAAUUGGCACGAAAAAGCCCUCCAAAUAACUAGACAUUCCUUUGCACAGCAUAGGCGGGGAAUCAAAGGCAGAAAAAUCAAUCCAAGCAUCGUCUACGAGAAGUCUUCCUCUGCUUCUUCGAUGUUGUUCUUAACCCGCAGUAGAACAGUGGUCUUCCAUUUGUCCAGCUUACUGAGCUGGUCAUACUGGAAGAGCUUGUCAGCAAAGCCUUCCUGAUCACCGGACUCUACAGCCUGAAGCAGGUCGACAAGAAGUUGGUGCUCCCGAGUCGAGGCAAAGGCAGGAUCAAUCUCGCGGUACGUCUCGAGAGCUCGCGUAGUCUCAACCAGAUCC